ACAAGGAAACCCGGAAAUUCAUUCUCGGAGUCCGCAUAACUGGCGGAUGCCGGUGAUUCAGGAGUCGGGUGGAUGCAUCACCCGCUGCUCCUGUGCCUGCUUUGCGGCUCGAUAGCUCUGAUACUGCCCUCUGAUGUGUGGGGGUUGCUGAGCCGCUGGUUUGCAGGAUGGCUCAGGGACGCAGCGGAUUCUCCACUCGGUGAGGGAUUCCCGCCCCACCAGCUCUUCACUAAAUCUGAACUGAGUCGCUACAAUGGUGAGAAGGGCAGCCCCGGGCUGUACCUGGCUAUCCUGGGACAGGUGUUCGAUGUGAGCAAAGGGAAGAAACAUUACGGACCUGGAGGCUCCUACAGCUUCUUUGCAGGUCGAGAUGCAUGUAGAGCUUUUGUGAGUGGUGAUUUCACAGAGAAUGGUCUAGUGGAUGAUGUAUCAGGGCUCUCCCCUUCUGAAAUGCUAUCUCUUCAUGAAUGGCUUGUCUUCUACAAGAAAGAAUACAUCUUUAAGGGUCUCAGAAGUGUUUUUACUUCUAUCUUCUUGCAAGGUAAAUUGAUUGGAACAUAUUAUGACUACACUGGGGAGCCAACCCAAUCUCUCAUUGAUGUAGAGUUGACUGUGAUGCAGGGUAGGAAGCUGAAGGUGGAGUCAGAAUUGGAAAACAAAAUAUUUCCCCCCUGCAAUUCUGAAUGGACCUCGACCAAAGGCGGCAGAGUCUGGUGUUCAUCUCGCAGUGGAGGAAUAGAAAGGAAUUGGGCUGGAGUCCCACGCAAAUUAUACAAGCCUGGAUCAAGGAACCAUCGCUGUGCUUGUGUGCGGACAACUGGGCCACCGUUCAACCAACCCAGUUCACCCCAGAAUAAGGGAGAUCUCGACAACCCUAGCUUGCAGGAAUACGAGGGAUGCCAUAGCCUCUCCGACACAUGUGCCAUUCCAGACACAUGACAAAAUUGCCUGAAAGAUGACGGACCUAUUUUAAGAGACAGUAAACUAUCAGUAUCUGUGAUAUUCAAUGACUGCAAUGUCUUAAAUAAAAAGUGCAGUAAUUGUAUUUUAUUGGAUGGUUAAAUAAAUACUUUAAUAUGAUAAA